AUGGUAUUGCAAAGGAUGAAAGGACCCAGAAUCCUAUCCGAAGUCAUUCCACACCAUACCGUUACUUUGUGCCGAUCCUGCAUGUUUUCAGAGGGCUUCAAGGAUCCAGUAUAUAGACAACGUAGAAUAAAAUUUGCGGAAAUUGCUAAUAAUUAUAAACAUGGCCAACCAAUACCACGGGUUGAAUACACAGCAGAAGAAGUAAACACUUGGAGCACUGUCUUCAGAGAACUAAACAAGCUCUACCCUACGUACUCCUGCAAGCAGCAUCUGAAGAAUUUACCAUUACUAAUGAAAUAUUGCGGCUACAGAGAGAACAAUAUUCCACAACUCGAGGAUGUUUCAAAAUUCCUCAAAGAGAGAACUGGGUUCACUGUUCGCCCUGUGGCAGGAUAUUUGUCUUCAAGAGACUUUCUAGCUGGGCUAGCAUUCCGUGUGUUUCAUUGCACUCAAUAUAUUCGCCAUAGUUCCGAUCCUUUCUACACACCAGAACCAGACUGUUGCCACGAAUUACUGGGACAUGUCCCGUUGUUUGCUGAUUCUGAUUUUGCUCAUUUUUCUCAUGAGUUAGGGUUAGCCUCCCUGGGGGCUUCAGAUUUUGAAGUUGCCAAAUUAGCCAGUUGUUAUUUCUUCACAAUUGAAUUCGGAUUGUGCCGAGAGAAUGGUCAGCUCAGAGUGUAUGGCGCUGGUCUCUUGUCUUCGAUUGGAGAACUCAAGCAUGUUCUCACAGACGCAGCCAUUAAAAAGCCGUUCGAUCCUGACAAAGUCAUUGAGCAAGAAUGUCAAGUUUCCACAUACCAGGAUGCCUAUUUUGUCAGUGAAUCUUUCAAAGAGGCCCAAAAUCAAAUCAGGGAAUUUGCUUCGAACAUCAAACGACCCUUCACUGUGCGCUAUGAUCCUUAUUCACAGUCGGUUAUGGUUCUCGAAAGUUUGUCAACCAUUAGCCAAGUUGUCAAUUUUGUUCGAGCCGAUCUUUGUCUCAUCUCUGAUGCCAUCAACAAACUUCACCAGUCGAAGAUGAAGAAAACGAGACGAACACGAACAAGGCUACUCAAUGACAAAUAAACGGAUUUUUCCUUUUUUUUUUGUGCCAAUAAAAUAGAAAGAAGAAAACAGAAAGCACAGAGAGAAAGAUAAAUGCAAAAUUGAAAAUGAUUAAAAUAAGAUAAACGAAAAACAGCAGAAGAAAUGAUUAUAAUGAUUUUGUAUAUUUAAACUGAGUGUUGACAGCAAAGACAAAACACACUAAAACAAAUACUAAUUGGGAAACAAACCCACGCGCCUUUUUAACACAUUGGAACAUUGGCCAAUUAUAUCCAUAGUACUCCAAUUUAUUCAAAAGUUUACUAAGAGGUGUGGCUUUGAUUCCUAUUGUUUCUUGUCUAAAAUCACAUCCAAUUUAAGUAUGCAGAUGUAUUCUUAGCUCGAAAAUAGUUUAAUGCUCAAUUAAUUACCAGAAAAUUUAAAUGUUUUGCAAAGUGCGGCUUAAGUUAACAUCUAAGCUAGAUUUUUUUAGGACAUUUUAAUUGAGCAUUUUCUUUCUCUCUAAUUCCUUCUAUGUCUAGAUAUAAAUAUAUAUUUUCUAAAGAACUGCUAUUUGCACGAACUUGUAAAACAGCUAAACAGCAAACGGCAUACGCUUUUUUGCUCGUCUUUAUGAGAUUGGAGGAUUGUGGUGGUGUGAGAGGUGGGUGGGGUGUAGUUAUAUUACAUCAGUUAUAAUGUGCUACCCUCUGGGUUAGCAACUGAUUUUUCCACAUCAUCUAUCUAUCUAUCUAUCUAUCUAUCUAUCUAUCUAUCUAUCUAUCUAUCUAUCCUUGUGCCUGUACUCACACACACACGCACACUCACGCAUACAUACAUACAUACAUACAUACAUACAUACAUACAUACAUACAUACAUACAUACAUACAUACACGGGUGUGUGUAUAUAUAUAUAUAUAUAUAUAUAUAUAUAUAUAUAUCGAAAUCUAUCUUCCAUUCAUUCUUUAAUUCUUCUGUUUGCAAUACACACGUACGCAAACACGUGCACAUAUAUGUGUGUGUGUGUUUGUGUAUGAGUGCGUGUAUAUGUGAGAGAGAAAGAGUGUGGGUGGGUGGAUGUAUAUAUGUAUGUGACUAUGUGUGUUUGUGUGUGUGUGUGUUUCUGUAUGCGUGUGUGUCUUUGUGCUUGUGUGUCUCUGUGCGUAUUUUAUCGAAAAUAAAUUUGGCAAAAUACAUUUCGUUUCGGCUGGAAUCAUGUUAGAGACAGAAGUAGUAAAUAAAGGAGAGCUCUUUAUAUGAUAUAUAAGACAAAAAGAUGGGUGUGUAAUGUGGUAGGAAAGGAGGGAGCUAUGGUUGUGAUGAUGACGUUCAUAUCGAUGAAGAUGAUUGUAUUGUUGGUGAUAAUGAAAGAUACAGUAAAAAGGUUGAUGAUUUUAGUGGCAGUGAAUACUGCGCUAGUGGUACCGGUACCAGUGAUUAACGGGUGGCGGUGGAUGUUGAACAUGGAGAUGGAAGCAGUGACGAUGAAAGGGAUGCUUCCAUUUCCAUUUUGAUCUUUUACUUCAGGAAUACCGGAGCCACAAGCGAUCAUCAUUUUCAGGACCACUGCCAUCAAGUGUAUUUUUUUAUUAUCUCCUUCAUUAUCAUCAGUAUCAUUAUCUUCUUCUUCUUCUUCUUCUUCUUCUUCUUCUUCUUCUUCUUCUUCUUCUUCUUCUUCUUCUUCUUCUUCUUCUUCUUCUUCUUCUUCUUCUUCUUCUUCUUCUUCUUCUUCUUCUUUGCCGCCGUCGGCGUCGUCGUCAUUAUCAUCAUCAUCAUCAUCAUCAUCAUCACUUCCUCCUCAGCUCUUAAUAUCACACAACAAUCUUGACACCUCCCCCCAUUCAUUACUUAACUUCUACCGGUGUAGCCAAGCUAUCUUUCUGCUGGCUAUCUUUCUGCUGGCUAUCUUUCUGCUGGCUAUCUUUCUGACUAGAUAUCUGUAUAUAAGCCUUACUUAUUAACUUGAUCCCUGACGAGACUCUACGCGAAACAAAAUGUAUUUUAUCAAACUCGUUGUUUUUGAUAACACAAGUUGAUAUUCAGACAUUGCACUUUAAUAUCUAUAUUGUAAGUGGUCCAGUCAUGUUGCCAUGAGCUAGUUACCCUGAAUAUAUAUAUAUAUAUAUAUAUAUAUAUAUAUACUUGGAAAUGGAUGCAUAGCGUUCAAUCAAAUAAUAAUAAUAAUAUAUAUAAAUAUGUGUGUGUGUGUGUGCAUAUAUGAGUACAGGACGUCACCAAUUGUGUAAACAAUAUGAAAUACGUAAUAAACAAAAGAGUUAAAUAUGUAAGCAACGGGAGAAAAAAAUGGAAAGCAGGACAAGCAAACACAGAGAAAGGACCCUUCAUCAGUUGUCGGCUGUAUAUACACACACACACAUAUACAUAUAUUAUUUAUUAUAUAUAUACACAUACACGCACACACAUUUACACACACACACACACACACACACACACACACACAUAUAUAGUAAAAGAAGGAAAAUGCACACAGUUUACAUAGUUUUAAUAC